AGAGGGAGCAUUCCGCACCAGUCCUCCUCUGACUAUCUCACCACCUCUCUGUUUCUGAUUCGCAGGAAAACUCGGACUUUUAUACCGAGGCUAAAUUUAGGGGCUGGCCGGUGUGCAGCGUCCCCAUCCUGGACGUGCUUCCUUCCCCCAGCCACGCAUUGGUCUGAUUUGUGCUGCGAACAAUAUUUAUAAGAAAUCUGCUCAUUUGAGACACACAGCUGCACAUGAGUGAGGAGCUGCAGGACGACAGAAGAAGCAACGCGCUCUGUGGCUUUUUUCUGGAGACUCCGUGGUCUCUGGUGAUUUCCUUUGAAACGGAGAAAGUGUAUUUUCUCAUUAUUUAAGGAAGCUCUUUCUACUUUUUUAAAAUAACGCAUGGAAAUGGCCUUGAGUGGGACCAUUUUACCAUCAAUCUCUACAUUUGCCAACCAAAAGCAGAAAUGUUGGGAAGAUAGGUGGAAGUGUGACAUGAACAGCGUCGCGUCCGAAAUGGACAGCAGCUGCCUAGACAGAAAAGACGAAGAGGACCUGGAUAAGUUCUUGGAUCUCGAGUUUAUUCUCGCCAAUACUGCUGUUUCUGACAGCGCGCCAGCCACCGGGACGGAGGCAGAGUCCUUUCGGAUCCAGGAGACCGUGUAUCACCAGCAGCAGCCGCAGCACACCGGGAUGUCCCAGCAGCCGGCAAAUUACACCUCUAUCUCCGACAUGAACAGCCCCCCACCGCCCUACAACAGCCUGAUGGCGGAGCUCCUUCGUUCCGAUGUAGAUUCCAGCUUCCUCCCCGGCAACAGCCCCAGCAUCCAGGGCAGAAUCCUGAUCAGCUCCACGCCUUUCCAGACCCCUCAGGAUUUAUUCCCCGAGCAUCCGAUCAUUAAAGUGGAGCCCGCUUCCAUGGACACAUACGGGCCUGUAAUGGGUCUAGUACCUCAGAGCUGCUCCAAAAUUAAGCACGAGGGGAACGUGUCCUGUAUGAUGACAUACGAGCAGCAGCCGCGGCUGGCCAACUCCCCGCAGGCCGCGGUGGGCAGCAUGACGCCGCCGCUCAGCCCGGACGACCUGAUGAGCUCCGAGUGCCACCAGCCCCAGAUGUGCAACUCCACCUCGCUGACGUUCCCCCAGGGCUUCCACACCCAGCACCGCAGCGCGCCGGGGGGAUUCCCUCACCCGCACAACGGAAUGCAGCUUCCUUUCCCCGGGGCGCACCACCAUCACCAGUUCCCCGGCAUGUUCGGGGAGGACGCGGCCAUGGGCAUGCAGCAGCAGCCGGCGGCCGGCCAGCGUGUCCUGCUCACCCCGCCGUCCUCCCCGCUGGAAAUGAUGGACACCAAACCGAAGCGGGGUCGACGUUCCUGGCCGAGGAAACGAACUGCGACACACACCUGUACUUUCACCGGCUGUGGGAAGACCUACACCAAGAGCUCCCACCUGAAGGCGCACCACAGGACGCACACAGGAGAGAAACCAUACCACUGCAGCUGGGAGGGUUGCGGCUGGAAGUUCGCUCGUUCCGAUGAGCUCACACGUCACUUCCGGAAACACACCGGGCACCGGCCAUUCCAGUGUCACCUGUGUGAACGGGCCUUCUCCCGGUCAGACCACCUCGCCCUGCACAUGAAGAGGCACAUGUGAGGAAAGUCCUGAACAACAAAAAUGCAGACAAGUACUUCUGUGAACCUGAUAAACAACUAUAAUAAUCCUAAGAGCUACAGAAGGAUGAAAUGCAAAUAUAUAGACGCAAGUUCUUCCAGGAGUAACUAUAGUGGUACCAUGACAGCAUAAACUGCCAUACCAUAUGAUGAGGCCACUAUUGACUACACUGUAAUACCUAUAGGUAUAUUAUAGGAGUAUUAUAUGGAUUUUCCAUUGGGGCAAAAUGAGUAUGAAGGAGAGAUGCCCUCAAAUUAAAUUUUGUAACAAAAAAUUUAUUUAAAUGUUAUUUUUUAAGACAAAGGACCAACAAACCACAAAACAUUGAGGAAAUGCAGCCAGAUAUGACAGAAACAGAUGCAUUCUGUUUGGACAAAUGUUUUGUAUAGAAACUAUGUAGCUGGUACUACUUUUUGUAUGGAGUGCUGUUUAUAUAGACAGAACAAAUGAAAGGAACAUUCCACUCAACAUGUCGGGCACAUGUCAUUGAAGCAACAUAUAGCAGACAAUCCUUUGAAGAGCAAUGAUAUUUUUGUGUUUUCACCAUUAGUGCCUUUUAGAACACAUUAUUCUACAUCUCACAAGUGCCACAUUCUCCACUGGUUAAAUGACAAUCAAAGUUUUAUCCUGUGUGUUAUAUUGUAAACAGCAAGUGAAAUAAGCUUUGAGACAACGUUUUGUUCUAAAACUGCCUUUCAUUCUGUCCUCCCUGAAGGCUUGAAUAGAAUGUCGUGUUUAUGUGUCUGUCGAUGGCGUUUAAAUUCAGGGUCUUGCAGUAGGAUGUGUCACAGAAGUGCAUGCCAUCUCAUUGCCACCUGAUUGACAAAGGGCUACACAGUCUUUGGCAAAAGACUUGUUUGUUUGUGUCUUGAAGAAAUGUAUUGCCUUUCUGUACUGUAAAUAGUAUCUUUUUUAUAUAAUGUAAAUAGUUUAUUUUAAUGUACAUAUUAAACUAAAUGAACAUGA